AUGUUCCCCGCUGCAUCCUUGUUGACAAUUCUCCUCCUGGCUUUGUCUAUCGCGGCAUCGCCUGUUGAAAUUCGCGACUCCCCCAUCACCCUCCCCAUUGCCAGGAGGUUAAACGUCUCUGGUGGUACUAUUAACCUCUUGGAGUACGAUAAAGCUCGCGUAGCAGCCCUUAAGGACGACCGUCAUAUUGGUAGCAUUGCCGUGACAAACGAAGUUACAGGCUACAUCGCAGCAGUUGGUGUUGGCAGCCCCGCCACAACCUAUAACUUGAUUGUUGAUACUGGUAGCUCGAACACAUGGGUUGGUGCCGACACUGCAUACGUGAAGACCAGCACCAGCGUCAACACUGGUCAGCCUGUGGAUGUCGGCUACGGUUCUGGCUCCUUCUCUGGAACUGAGUACACCGACACCGUCACUCUCGGUAGUGGGCUCACCAUCACCAAGCAGUCGAUUGGUGAUGCUUCUACUACGGAGGGCUUCAGUGGUGUUGACGGUAUCCUUGGCAUCGGGCCUGUAGGCUUGACAGAGGGUACCUUGACGAAUUCGCCGACAGUGACGAUCCCGACUGUCACUGACAACCUAUAUAGCGAAGGCACAAUUCCUCAGAAGGUUGUUGGUAUCUUUUUCGGGCCCACCACUUCGCAGACAAUCACCAAUGGAGAGCUCAGCUUUGGUGGAACUGAUGCCGCCAAGUACACCGGCGAUAUUGGAUACACUUCUAUCACCACCACCAACCCGGCAUCGACCUAUUGGGGUAUCAACGAGAGCAUCACCUACGGCUCCACAACGAUCUUGUCCUCCACUGCUGGUAUCGUCGAUACUGGCACCACCUUUCUUUACGUUGCCACUGAUGCCUACAACAAAUACAAGUCUGAAACCGGUGCUACUGUGGAUGGGGCAACUGGUCUUCUCCUCGUUUCUUCUACCCAGUACAGUGCCCUUAAGAAUCUGAACUUCAAUAUUGGCAGUAACACCCUCAGUCUCACCCCUAACGCCCAAAUCUGGCCUCGUUCUCUCAAUACCAAAAUUGGUGGUAGUAGCAAAGCUAUAUAUCUCAUCGUUGCCGACAUUGGCACGCCCAGUGGCUCAGGGUUUGACUUUGUUAACGGCUACACAUUCCUUGAGCGCUUCUACUCUGUGUUCGAUACCACCAACUCCCGCGUCGGUUUUGCCAAAACCUCGUACACUGAUGCCACCACUAACUAACAUGGAAUUGCCAAAGUACACAAAAUAUAAAUUUUCGGAUAAGCAGCAUACAUAUUUGAAGGUUGUACGGACUCUGCUUCAGUAGGCUAUGGAGGUCUUAUUCCUCGGUCGAUUUUGCGUAUAAUUAAAUUAUAGCAAUAGUAUCACAUUUGGUUAGCAUGUGUUAAAUUCCCUCUGUGUAGAGUAUAAUAACAUGCUUCUGGUACUACUAUAUACCUGAUAUACAUUGCAGAGCAUGCUGUG